UGCCCGCUGCCUUCUACCCGCGGCGGCCGCUGUGGGGCUGGGUGCGGCACGUGGCGCCCGAGCGGAGCGGAGCCGAGCCGAGUCGAGUCGGGCCGGGGCCGGGGCCGGGGCUGGGAAAGGCUUUCGCGGCUUCUGGGACGCGUGUGUCGGCAGGGCAGCAUGGACGGGCGGCUGGUGGUGAUCAACGUGCUGCUGGCCGCAGCGUGCGCGGCGGCGGCGGGCGGGCUCGGCCGCGACGUGCUGCACAACGAGGUGCUCCACAAGGACGGCGGCGGGGCACCGGUCCCAGCCACGGCGCCGCUGCUCCGCGGCAGCCCCGAGAAGGAGGGCGGCGGAGUGGCCUCGGGGGACGACUUCAGCGAGCUGCCGAGAGUUGCUUUCUUGUCAAAGCCUCAAGGCCUGGUUACUCCCAAGAAAAAGGGGAAUGGGAAUAAAAGAAGAAAAGGAAAAGGCCUGGGGAAGAAGAGAGACCCAUGUCUGCGAAAGUACAAGGAUUUCUGUAUUCAUGGUGAAUGCAAAUACAUCAAAGAGCUGGGCGCUCCAUCCUGCAUAUGCCAGCCGGGAUAUCACGGUGAGAGAUGUCACGGCCUCUCGCUCCCCGUGGAGCAUCCUCCCAGCACGUACGACCACACCACUGCUCUGGCCGUCGUCGCUGUGGUCCUGUCCUCACUGUGUCUCGUCAUCAUUGCAGCUCUGCUGAUGCUGAGGUGCCACAAAAGGGGUGUCUAUGACGUAGAAAAUGAAGAGAAAAUCAAGCUGGGCAUCACUGUGAACCACUGAGGAUGCCAGGUGCCGGCGAGGAGUCGGCACUAAAGCAGUUCUACCUCCUGGAAGGCGCAAGCCACGGAGCCAGCACUGUCCCUGGGAUGCUCUGCAGCACAUCGGGAACUUACUGGAGUGGCAGGACGGCACCCAGUUCACGGGUUUGGUUGGGCAGUGGUGUUGCCGCAGCGAGCUUAGCGGCGAUCUGCGGGACGCAAGAGGCGCAGGAGAGACCCUCUCCACGGGGCAGGCUUUCUUGCUGCGCUGCAGAGCUGGCCGGGGCGGCUUUGCAGACAGGCAGGAGGGACCUGCUGGCCAUCGGUGGAGGGGUUCCCCGGCGGCUUGGGGCUGCCUGCUGCAGCGCACAAUGAGGAACUAACUGUGAAAGGCUGAAGAGACCAGGCCGGGGGCUUUCUUAGAUGCAGGAGGGGAGGGGGGGGUAACAGCUAUUUAACAAGAUAUUUUUCAUUCUAAAUUAUAUAUUUAUUUUAGAUAAACUGUACAUAGUAUUUAUAUUUAUUAGAGGUCUGGCCCUGCAACCUUCAUGUAGGACAAGACAACAAGGUCAGACCUCCCUCAUUUUUUAAGUGCAAUGUAAUAUUCUAAUAAAUAACACUUUGUUACAA